AUACGAUUUAUUUCAUGCUCCAAGUACUGGUUCGUUCGCUUUCUCACCUUUCGUACAGCAGCCGCAGUCGCAGCAGUUUCAGCAUCCUUUCUAUAUCUUCGGUCGUUCCCCUGCUCAGCAGCAACAACAGCAGUAUCAGCAACCACAGCAAGUACAGCAACAUCAACAACAACAACAACAACAACAACAACAACAACAACAACAACAACAACAACAACAACAACAACAACAACAACAACAACAACAACAACAACAACAACAACAACAACAACAACAACAACAACAACAACAACAACAACAACAACAACAACAACAACAACAACAACAACAACAACAACAACAACAACAACAACAGCAACAGCAACAACAACAGCAACAGCAACAACAGCAACAGCAACAACAGCAACAGCCAGGCAUUGUUUUUCAGCCUCCAAAUUUACUUAACAAUACUCAGAUCAAGACAACCUUGAUGUUUCAGAAACAGAUUUCGAUACACGA